AUGAGGAUUUCAGAAACUCUCAGAGCGGUAAGGGGCUCAGGCCUUGAAGACCGCAAAGGCUGUGAAAGCAAAUUCUUCGGCAAUCAAGAAGAAAUCAAAGAAGAUCAUCACAAAGUCACAUUCCACAUGCCGAAGACAUUGAAGAAGGACAGAAACCCGAAGUACCCAGGCAUCAGUGCUACUCCAAGGAACAAAUUGGACCACUACCAAAUUCUCAAAUAUCCUUUGACUACCGAGUCUGCAAUGAAGAAGAUGCAGUUUCAGCUUUUGUUAAUUGAAGACAUCAUCCCAUUUAACGAUCAGCUAAAUGAAAUGCUGGCUAGAGAAGGCUCUCAAAUUUCAAUCAAACUCAGUGAUAUAUACUCUCCCCUUGAGAAUGUAUGCUUGGAGGGAAAAUGA